AUGCACGUCGAGCUAGCGGCCUGUAGGCAUUUCCGCAUUGAAAUCGGCCUCAAUUAUUUGCCGCAGCGAGCGGUGAUAACAAACUAGGCCGAACUGGACCGAACUGCGCCAACGCAAGUGUUCGCUCUCUCGUCUGCUUUAUACCCAUCUCUCCCUCGAUCCACCAUCACCGAUGCUUCUUCAUUUCUUCCCUCCGCUGUGCCCUUGCAGUGGGUUUGGGAUUGCUAUGCUCGUUAGCCAACGCCGCCACUCUUGACGAUUCGUUUAGGCGCCAUGCGGACAAAAACGUGAGUCCAUAUGCUUCGAACAUAGUCCGCGAAACAUCUGCGAUGCCUUGCCCGCCGGAACGUAGCUGACUGACCCCCUGCUCAUCGAGGGUCGCAGACGAAACCCUCAACCGGGCCCUGCGUUGAUGACUGGAAUCGCACGCUCAACGUGUCUGGGAAUAACAGGGAUAUCUACGUUGCGCUUUACAACAAUAAUUGCCUGUGUGGCAGCCAGGACUGUUUCACGCACUACUCAAAGUGCCUGGAGAGCAGUACGUUCAGUCGCGCCGAACGUUCGGCGGCCUCACUUCGGCCUAAGACGUCAAAAACCUGAUCCUAGUCAGAUGUCCAAAACCAACGCCGUGUGCUGACUACGUGCCACCCUCUCCUGUGUCUCAGACACUAGUAAAAAGUCCAAGUGGAUCACAGACGAUCUCAAUCAAGGAUGCGAUGCGUGCAAGUCUGCUCAGAGUGAGUCAGCAGCAUGGUUUAAAUGUACCCGACUCGCGGGCUCGUGUAAGGAGAUGCCUUGCAGAGCUAUAAGUAGCCUCUGAGUAGUUUGAGCUCUUGAGUUCUAGUUACGACUUGCUUUGAGUCAGGUGGUCGAGAACGACAGAUUGUGUUGAUACAUAUAAGAGGCGCAUACCUUAUAGCUGGCCUUGUCCUGGACAUACCAGUGCUGACCGAUUUGUUUCUGAACAUUGAGUAGCUGCCGUUGGGUGUUGAUCGGCGUGGAGACGAAGAUCGUAUCGACGCCGUCGUCCCGCGAGUUGUCAUCGCAUCGAUCCACCAAGCAUCUCAUCAUCGGCAUCCUUCUUUCGUCCUCGAUUCGAGCCGCCCAUUUAUUUGUGCAUUUCCCCUCAAUCUCGCCAUCAUCCAGUUUACGGUCUCUUCAAGUCCCCUUCGCCAAGGUCCUUUGUCAAGUCCCUCCGUCAAGUUCCUUCGUCGCCUCGGUCGCAAGCGCGUCAAGUUUCCUCGUCGUUUGGUCUUGGUCUCUUUCUUUGUUGCACAAUCAUGGAGAAUGCACAGUUCUUCUACCUGA